GGUGUCAGUGGGAGGAAUAGUUUUCCAUCAUUUGUGUCAGUGGGGAGAAUAUUGUCCUAUAGGUGUCAUUUGAGGCAUGGUGCCCCAUCAUUGGUGUCAGCGGGAGGAAUGGUUCCCCAUCAUUGGAAAGAGCAGGGCCCUCGAUCCCCUCAUGUUUUGCAUUGUAUUGGUAUUGUUCUGUCACAUGUUCUUGGGGAGGAAUGGUGCCCCAUCAUUGGUGUCAGUGGGAGGAAUGGUGCCCCGUCAUUGGUGUCGGCGGAGGAAUGGUGCCCCGUCAUUGGUGCCAGCGGGAGGAAUGGUGCCCCGUCAUUGGUGCCAGCGGGAGGAAUGGUGCCCCGUCAUUGGUGUCAGCGGGAGGAAUGGUGCCCCGUCAUUGGUGUCAGUGGGAGGAAUGGUGCCCCAUCAUUGGUGUCAUUGGGAGGAAUAGUGCCCCAUCAUUGGUGUCAGCGGGAGGAAUGG